AUGGCGCGAAUCCCAAUUACUUUAGCCGUCUUCUCGGCGACAAUUUUGGCCGCAAAUAUAGUUACAGGAAUUCCUGGAGAUGCAGCGGUACCAAAGUCAAAGAAGGUGCUGGACACCAUCAUGAGUCCAAAUUACAUACCGGUGGAAGAAAAACAUGGUUCAUACUGGAAAAAAUCAGCUGCCCAGACCUUAAAAGCUAAAUUAGCAGAGAAACCAAACACGAAUAAAGCAAAGAAUGGAAUUCUAUUUAUCGGUGAUGGAAUGUCUCUGGCAACUGUCAUGGCCGCCAGAACAUUCUCUGGACAAUUGGACCAGGGUUUGGGUGAAGAGUCUGUGCUGAAUUUUGAGAAUUUUCCCGUCAGCGGAUUGGCAAGGACAUAUUGCCUAGACGCGCAGGUGCCAGAUUCAGCGUGCACUGCCACCUCCUACUUAACGGGUGUGAAGACAAAAUAUGGAGUCAUAGGUCUUGAUGGCAACGUUACUAGAGGCUCUUGUUAUUCUCAACUUCAUGAGCCAAACUGGUCUGAAUCCAUUGGCCAAUGGGCUCUGGACCAAGGACUGGAUGUAGGCAUAGUGACGACGACGCGGGUAACUCACGCUUCACCAGCGGGCAUGUAUGCCCACACAUCUGAGCGGAACUGGGAAUCUGAUGCCGAUGUACCAGAUGAAUGCUUGGCUGCUGGAUGCAGGGACAUAGCGUAUCAACUCGUCACUAGCAGUCCUGGAAGACAUUUCAAGGUCAUCAUGGGCGGUGGUCGUAGAGAAUUCCUCCCGAACACGACGAACAUUUUAGGCAGUAAAGGGAGGAGGCUGGAUGGCGUGGACCUCACGGACCUGUGGCAUGUCGACAAACUCAAUAUGAAUGCGACACAUCAAUACGUCACCGACAGAUUAGAGCUUUUAAAGGUCUUCAAUUCCGACGACUUGCCGGAGUACUUGUUGGGGUUGUUCAGGGAUGAUCACAUGGAGUACCAUCUUAAAGCCGAGAACCAGCCAUCUCUCGAAGAAAUGGUGGAAGUGGCCAUCAAGAUGCUUAGUAGGAGCUCUAAGGGAUUCUUCUUAUUUGUUGAAGGUGGAAGAAUCGAUCAUGCGCACCACGACAGCUUAGCUCAUUUAGCACUGGACGAAACGGUGGAAUACUCGAAAGCUGUGAAGAGAGCAAGAUCUCUGACCAGUGAGAAAGACACCCUGAUAGUCGUCAGUGCUGAUCACGCUCAUACGAUGACAGUUGCUGGGUACCCGUCAAGAGGCAAUGACAUUCUUGGGACUGUGGACACCGCAAAUGGAAUGGAUGGAAAACCCUAUACCACUAUUAGUUAUGCAAAUGGAAGAGCUCAAUCGAUUGCAGCGGACGGAAGGGUCGAUGUGACCCAGGAUAAACAAUUUACAUCUCGUGAUCCAGACUACGCCUAUCCAAGCUUAGUGCCUUUAGAUUCGGAGACCCACGGCGGGGAGGAUGUGGCAGUGUACGCAUCUGGACCUUGGCAGCAUCUGUUCACUGCUAGCUACGAGCAGAACCUAGUGCCACAUCUAAUGGCCUAUGCCAUGUGCAUCUCAGAAGACCAGCACGGCAACUGUGGACCAGAAAUCCACAAAUACACCGCUAGUGGUGUCACCACCAACCCUAGUACCAAUUUACUGAUAAGUUUAACUGUGAUAUUUAUUUUAAGGAUAUUUUAUUAG